GGUCUCCGGUACCGGGAGUGCCGGGGGUCCCGGGGGUCGGGGGUUCCCGCUGCCGGCAGUCGCGGGGGUCAGGCAUUGUCGGUACCGGGGGUCGGGGGUUCCCGGUACCGGGUGUCCCGGUGGUGGGGUACUGCUGGUACCGGGAGUCAGGGGUUCCCGGUCCCGGGGGUCGGGCAUUGCCGGUACCGGGGUCCCGGGGGUCGGGGGUUCCCAGUGCUGGGAGUCCCAGGGGUCAGGCAUUGCCGGUGCCGGGAGUCGGGGUUGCCGGUACCGGGUGUCCCGGGGAUCAGGGGUUCCCGGUACCGAGAUCCCCACCGCCCAGCCCCUCUCCGCCCGCAGCAGCCCCGCCAUGGACGAUCUCAUCCUCAACCUGGACUUCGCCGCGCCCGAGCGCCGCCAGAAGAAGGAGCCGGGCAGCCAAAAGCACCGGAGCUUCGUGCGGCGCCGCCGGGAGCUGGAGCGCCGCGGCGUGCUGCGCCACAAGCAGCUCCCGCCGGCGGCACCGGGCCGGCCCCGCCGCGCCCGGCCACGGCGCUCGGGGGCCAAACCCCCUAAGGAGAACGGCACCGCCGGGCCGGUACCCCAGAGCCAGACGGGGAGUGUGGGGAAGGCUCGGGGCGCGGCUGGCAGUGCCCCCCUGGUACCCCAGAACCCCGCCAGGAGCAAGGAGAAGGCUCAGGGGGCGGCUGGCAGUGCCCCCCUGGUACCCCAGAACGGCUCUACCGGCCCCGGUGCCCCCGCUCAGAGCAAGGGGAAGGCUCAGGGGGCGGCUGGCAGUGCCCCCCUGGUACCCCAGAACCCCGCUCAGAGCAAGAGGAAGGCUCAGGGCACGGCUGGCAGUGCCCCCCCGGCGCCCCACAAGCUGGUGGCCAUGGACUGCGAGAUGGUGGGCACGGGCCCCGGCGGGCGCUGCAGCGCGCUGGCCCGCUGCAGCGUGGUCAGCUACGAGGGGGACGUGCUGUACGACCGCUUCGUGCGGCCCGAGGAGCCCGUGGUGGACUACCGCACCCGCUGGAGCGGCGUGCGCCCGCGGCACAUGGCCACCGCCGCGCCCUUCCGCGCCGCCCGGCAGCAGGUCCUGAAGAUCCUGGCUGGGAAGGUGGUGGUGGGCCACGCCAUCCACAACGACUUCAAGGCCCUGCACUACUGCCACCCCAAAGCCCUGACCAGGGACACGUCGCAGAUCCCGCUGCUGAACCGCAGGGCUGGCUUCCCCGAGAACGUGGCCAUCUCCCUGAAGCGCCUCACCAAGGCCCUGCUGAACCAGGACAUCCAGGUGGGGAAGGGGGGCCACUCCUCGGUGGAGGACGCCCGAGCCACCAUGGAGCUCUACAAGGUGGUGGAGGAGGAGUGGGAGCAGCACCUGCAGCAGAACCCGGAGCAGAAGUGACACCCUGGGGGGCUCAGAGUGACACCCCCAGCCCGGUCCUGCUUCUGGGGAGUCCCACAGUGACACCCCCAGAGUGACACCAGAGUGACAGGCCCGGUCCUGCCUCUGGGGGGGUCCCACAGUGACACCCCCAGCUCGGUGCUGCCUCUGGAGGGGCUUAGAGUGACACCCCCAGCCUGGUCCUGCCUCUUGGGGGGUCCCACAGUGACGCCCCCAGCCCGGUCCUGCCCCUCGAGGGUCCCACAGUGACACCCCUAGAGUGACAGGCCUGGUCCUGCCUCUGGUGGGGGGCUCUAGAGUGACACCCCCAGCCUGGUCCUGCCUCUUGGGGGGUCCCACAGUGACGCCCCCAGCCCGGUCCUGCCCCUGGGGGGUCCCACAGUGACACCCCUAGAGUGACGGGCCUGGUCCUGCCUCUGGUGGGGGGCUCAGAGUGACACCCCCAGCCCUGUCCUGUCUUUGGAGGGGCUCAGAGUGACACCCGGUCCUGUCCUGCU